AUGGGGCUCUUAAAAUUUGGAAGUCUUUACAAGUCGCGUAAUCGACGUGACAAAUCACAGCCAACAACCGCUAGUUCACCAGAUGUCAACAGCAGUUCUACCGAUGCUUCUCCACCUUCCUUGCCGAAACUGGAUCUAUCGAAAUCGCCCCUUUCCCAUUCUAGUUCUGAUCAACCCAGUUCGGACCAACCAAGCACACCUGUAGAUACCUGGAAACCUGCCAACCGUAACAAGGAUAGCAACAGUAACACUUUAUUGGACGAUAUCUUCUUGGAGCUAAAUAAACCGCAUGAUCAAGAGUUGCACAAUGAUCUUUUGCUGGCUAAUGCCUUGUCGGAACAACUGGCGCUAUCCAAAGAGAACCAACCUCGCCAUGCUUCGCCUCCCACCCCGACCUCGGGGUCAAAAAUGGAAAGCAAAACCAUGGACAGCGCAUUCUUGGCAACCGACAACAUCUACAGCAGUUAUUUGCGUGCUUUACAGUCGCAAGAGGAACCGGCCGCGACUGAUACGUCGUCGACAUCCAUGUUUGCUCACCUUCUCAGUGGCAAUAACUCAUCGACCUCCGCUCAGUCUCAGUCUCAAACACCUUUGUCGAUCACCUCGCCUUUGCCAAACACUAAUAAUACCAAAGCCGAGAAACCCAAACCGGCCACGCAAAUUGUUCUCGAUUCCGAUGUUUCUGAUUCAGACGACGCCGAGUCUGAUCAUUCGUCGGAUGAUGAAGAUCCUGGCAAGGCCCGUCGAACUGCCGGCGUCUUACCUAUUAUGGAGCGUCGACCCGUCAACCAUCGCCUUGCUCUGCAUCGUAAAAUUGAUGCUUGGGCCAACCGCGUCGAUCCCAAAGCGAAUCAAAUCGAGUCCAACGAAGCCAUGAUUGCACGUAUGCAAGAACGCCACCGCCAUCAGUAUAAACUAAUGCAACAACGGCAGCAAGGCACACUUCCCAGACCGAUUGAUCCUUACAGUUCUCGACCGAUGCCAUCUGUCGUGCCAAUGAUGACACCUGUGUCACCUCAGCUAUUCUCCCCUCCUCCGCCUCCACCCCCACAUGCCAUGGAUAUGUCGCCCAUGAUGAUGACCCCCAUACACGCCAUGGAUCCAAGGAUGUCCCUGCCAGUAUCGCCCCUCGUUUCCCCGCCACCCAUACCGUCUUCGAUUGUCCCCACUCCUUUCCCAAGACCAGCCUCGUUAUCGUCCCAACGUCGUCGUCGUCGUUCGCCUACCAGUUCUUCGGAUGUCCAUCCAGCGUCAUCCGUUUCGGCUUCAUCGUCCACCUGCUCGUCCGUGCCGGCCAUGACAGCACGCAACUCCACCGCUCCUUCCUCGGUUUAUCCGGAAGCUGACGGAGAAGACGAUGCCGAUGACGAAAGACAAACAUCGUCUUCUUCCGAGGAAGAAAUGACCAAAACAGAAGCCAAACGCCAAAGCAUGUUGCGUCACUGUCGGUCGGUCCCCAACUUUAGCAAGAAAAACAAGAAAUCUUUCACUCACAGCAGCAACAACAGCAUCAGCGACUCUCAUGAACGAUCGGAUACGGAUACUCACCCUCCUCCACCUCCUCCUCCCCCACCUCGUAGACUGAGGGAAAGCUCUUCGAGCAGAACCACGAGUAAAAAAUAUCCACAUGCUGUCGAUUCUCCACCGUUUGUAAAACAUCGAAAAAGUGAACCUGAAAUGUCCAAACACGGAGGACAGGUGCACCAUUCGCAGCCUCGCCGGCCACCUUUUCCUUCCUACCCUGUUUCCCAAGCUUCGCCCGAACAAAUGCAAUUAGAGUGGCACCGAUUACAACUCUUACAGCGUGAACAGCAACUUCAGCAACAACUUCAACAACAUUGUAUGCAACAAUACCACAAUCUCUAUCGUUCUCAAUCCGUGUCCCGCACAAACUCAAUGAUGUUCCCUCCCAUUCCUGCCCCUCUCACCAUCUCUCUCCCUCACAGCCAGCGACCGUCUUCGCACUGUGUCUAUGGCUAUCCUGCUGUCUCGUACAUGGCACAAUAA